AUGGAAGCAGUGGCACAGUGGGUUGUAGGCAAAGGAGACUCUGUGACUCCACAUCUGAAGCGUAUCCUUAUAGAUCCAUCUCUCUACACUCCUCUGUUGGACCAUAAUUAUGCUCUCCCAUACACAUGUUCAGUGCUCUCAAGACCUGCCUUGUUUGGGACAUCGCACAGUGCAGCUGAGAAUGCAUUCUAUCGGCGCAAGUAUGAUUACCUCCUUUCAAAGUGUGAGCAGAUUCAGCUGGAUAAUGAACGCCUGGUCUAUCGGAUUCAGCAGGUGAAAAAGGCAUUAAGACAGACAAGAAAGGAGAGACGAUUCCUCAUGCAGCGCUUAGAUACACAUGGAGAUGACUAUCACAAUGUUCCUAUCACAUACACCAUUGAAGAUCUCCCCAAGAUCACUCUUCCUCCAGUUCAGAGUGUGAAAGGAAAACGGGCAAAGUCAGAUUUGCCAAAGCGACCCAGUAACCCUUACCUCCAAUUUUGUAAUGAAAAACGUUCUGAAGUCCAGGAGGAGUAUCUCAGAGAGAAAGGAAUACAACCAUCAAAGCAGGAUAUCACUCGAAUCCUGGCUCACAAAUGGAAUGCCCUCUCCCAGGAAGACAAGAAGGUGUAUUACAUGAAGUAUGAACAGGAUAAGGAGCGAUACCAGGCUGAGAAGCAACAGGUUCAGCAGCAGUUACAGACAGCUCAACUGCAAACCCCAGAACUUCCACCCCCCUCACAUCCUGAUUCCCAAAAGAGUGCUCUUGAUAUUGCCAUUCAGAGUAUCCUGCUUGAUUAA